UUGAUUUGUGUUUUCAGUCUUAAACCUAAUCAAAGCAAUAUGGUGUAUGCCUUACUGCUUUAGAAGAUCUCGAAAGAUCUUGGCUUUAAAUGAAGGUUCCUGUUGCAUGUAAAUCAUGUCCCUGUGGCUACAUAUUUAUUAGUCGAAAACUCUUGCAUGCUAAACGUGCUGAGAGAUCGCCACCCAUCACAGAAAACAAGAGUGAGGCCAAAAGGAGACGGACAGAGAGAGUUAAGCGAGAGAAGAUAAAUUCUGCAGUAAAUAAAGACUUAGAAAAUCGAAAAAGAUCCAGGUCUAACAGCCAUUCAGAUCAUAGCAGACGAGGAAGAGGAAGACCUAAGAGUGCCUCAGCCAAAAAGCACGAGGAAGAAAGAGAGAAACAAGAAAAAGAAGUUGACAUGUAUGCUAACCUUUCAGAUGAAAAGGCCUUCGUAUUUUCAGUGGCCUUGGCGGAAAUAAACAGAAAAAUUAUCAAUCAAAGACUUAUUCUGUAACUUGUAAGCACAAUCUGAUGCAUUUAUAUGCAGAAUGGCUAGCAUAUUUCCAAGGUGUCAUGGACUCUCGGAAAGUGUGUUGUCUGCACCGACAAGGACCAUAGUAUUUCCUGUUAAAAUUCUGCUGCUGUUCUUGGAAAUUGAAUUCUGUCUCUACAAGUCAGAAAGAAAGUGUUCACAAGAUUGUGCUAUGAAAAAUCAGAAAGCAGAUAUGUUUUACGCCUUGAAGACAAAUGCUAGACAAGUGUACAGAGAGACUGCACCGAUUCCAGAGCACUUCUUUUAAAUUUGCUGCC